AUGCGAAUUUUCGAACAAAAGGCAAGCCCUAUAUGUGACAUUCAAGACCUUAUUAUAUUGAGGCUUAGUUGGUGGAUCAAAGGUUGGGGGGACCCUUUCCCUUAUAGCUCCGAUGACAUCCUUCGCAACCCACAAUGCCUAAUAUGGCGAAGCAACACCAUUAAAAUCCCUGAUCCUCGCCAUGAUAACCAACUCCGUGUUUGGUUGCCCUCGCCAUGUGGUGUCCUUAAAUGGAACGUUGAUGAUUCUCUUAAUACCGCCCUACCUAAGUCAGCUAUCGGGGGUGUGUUGAGGGACAACCAUGGUAACUUUAAGUGCCUGUUAUCCUCACCAAUACCCACCAUGGAAAUCAAUAAUGCUGAGGUCUUGGAAAUUCACCGUGCCAUAAAGAUCUCCAAGGGCAGUGACCGAAUUGCGUUUUCCAAGCUAAUAAUAGAGUCUGACUCAGCCAACGCGGUGAAAUGGUGCAACGAGAGUAACGGCGGCCCAUGA